AUGGCCGGAUCAGGACCAACUGAAGAUAGUUCUUAUCUUGAUAAUGAAUAUUUAUCUGAAAAUAAGAAAAUUGAAGAAACAAGAGAAGCAGCAACCGAACAUUGUAAAAAUGAAUAUAAUAAAGCCAAAGAAAAACAAGAUGGAAUUAAACGUGAAAAUGAUAAAAUAACAUCAGAAAUUAAUGAAAAUUCCGUUGAAACUAAUACGUUAUUACAACAAUUAAACGAUCACAUUGAAGAAAUGAAACGAUUAGAAAAUGAUCAAAAACAACUUAUCAAUCAACAAUUACAAUCGAAUAAUGAUAUUGUUCAACAACAAACAUUUAUUCAAGAUCAACAAGUAACCAUCUAUCAACAAGAAAACGAUUUGAAACAAAAUAUCGAAAUAAAAAAUAAAUUAGAAAAAGAUGAGCAAAAUUUACAACAACAGCUAAAUGAUAUGAAACAAAAAGAAAAUGGAAAUAUCAAAACACAAAAUUAUUUACAACUUUCAUUAAAUGUAUUACAGCAAUUAAUUCAACAAACACGACAAGAAUUUGAACAACAACAAACCUUAUUCGAACAAGAACAAUUAGAAAAAGAAAAAUAUGAACAACAUUUGAAAAAUUUACGUCAACAAAUAGAAGAAAUGGAAAAUGAAAUGAAAGAGUUUACUAAAGAAAUUGAAAGAUUAAACGAAGAAAGACAACAAUUAGAAUUAAAAAUAAAAGAUUUACAAAAAGAACAAGAACAGUUACAAGCAGCAAUUCUACAAAUAGAACGAGUAUUAAAAGAAAAAGAAGCUGGAAUUGCACGAUUAGAACAACAAAUUGAACAAUGUAAACAACAAAAUGAAAAAUUAAAAGAACAAUUAGAAAUUUUACAAGAAGAAAUACAAAAAUUAAGUGAAGAAUUAGAAGAAAAUCAGAAUAAAUAUAUGGAAGAAGAAUCACGUUUAAAAGAAUUAGAAAGUGAAAAGAAAAUGUUAGAAAAUCAAAAAUGCCAGUUAGAAAGAGAAUGGCAACAAUUAGAAGAUCAACGUGCUGAUUUAACACGACAAUUGAAUACUUUAAAACAAAAAUUAACAACAAUAGAUGAAUCAUUAAGAAAUACACAAUAUAAAAUAAAUGAUUUAAUAGAAAAUUUAUCUCGUGCACAAAAUGAAUUAGAAGAAUUGCGAUCACAAGAAGAACGUUUACAAUCAGAAUCAUUACAAGCUGAAACUCGUUGUGAUAACUUAAAGGAUGAAAAAGAAAAUGCGCAACGUGAUUUACAACAAGCUGAAAAUGAAGCUAAAGAAGCUGAACAAAGAUUAAAACAGUUGAUAUCACAAAAACGCAAUGAAGAAUCAAAAUUAGCAUCACAACAACAAAAAGAAAAUCAAGCACAAUUGAAAAUGAAUCAUGGUCUAGAUGAAUUACGAUCUGCUGAACAAGAGGUAAGAGUAGCUGAAGCCAGAUUACGAGAUGCACAACACAGUCUACAUUGGUUUGUUGAGAUACUUGAUAUCUUUUUUAACGGUUCAAAAUUGUGGGAGAAAAAAGAAACAGCGAUAAGAGAAGCUCAAGGUAAAUUAGAUCAAGCUAUAAGCAAACUAGAAAAUAAAAAGACAGCAUAUAAUACUUCUAGAGAAAAUUUUUCCGAAGCGAAAGACAAACGAAUUGAAUGUCAACAAAACUUAUUAGAAACAAUAAAAGAUCUAGCAGACCAAGAACGUGUAGCGAAAACAACAAAAUCUCAUGCACAGCAAUGUAAAUCAGAAUAUGAACGUUUGUCAGCAGCAUAUCGAGAAGCAGUCAAAGAUAAAAAAAAUAUUGAUUCAAAUUUACGAAUAAUUGCACAAAAAUUAGAACGUUCUGAAACAGAAGUAAAUACUUUAACAAAUAAUUUACAACGAUAUGAAUCAGAAAAAGUAACAUAUGAAACUCAGCAACAAGAUUUUAAAUCACAAAUAUCUGAUACGGAAACAAUACUUCAACGACAUGAACGACAAAUGACAGAACAUAAAAAAACAAUGGCAGAUAAUCAAACAGAAUUAACAAAAACAACAAAUAAUUAUUAA